AUGGCUGCGCCCAAGAAGAACUUCCAUGUUGCCAUCGUCGGAGGUGGUAUCGCUGGUGUCACUCUAGCCAUUGCCCUGUAUCACCGCAACAUCUCUGUUACCAUCUACGAGCAAGCCCACGAGUUCGCCGAAGUCGGCGCGGGUGUCUCCUUCAGCCCCAAUGCCGUCCAGGCAAUGAACUUCUGCCACGAGGGCAUUUACAACGCCUUUGAGAAGGUCUGCACACGAAACCUCUGGCCCACGAAGCAAAAGGUGUGGUUCGACUACCUGGAUGGGUACAAGAAGGUGCCGAACCCGGCAAGUGGCGGUCGCCAGGACAUCGAAUUCACCAUCUCCAACAGCCUGGGCCAGAACGGAGUCCACCGCGCGCAUUUCCUCGAUGAGUUGAUCAAGUUAGUCCCCAAGGGGAUUUCCCGCUUCAACAAGCGUCUGGAAGAUAUCCAUGAGCGUAUCAGCGACGGCAAGUUGAUUCUGAAGUUUGCCGAUGGAUCCGAAGAUGAAGCCGACGUGGUGAUCGGCUGCGAUGGAAUCAAGUCGCAGGUGCGCCAGAUCAUCGUGGGGGCGGAUCACCCCUCUGCGAAGCCCUCCUACACCCACAAGUACGCUUAUCGGGGACUGGUGCCCAUGGAUAAGGCGGUUGAGGCGAUCGGAGAGGAGUUGGCUUCCAAUGCCUGCAUGCAUAUGGGCCCUGGGGGGCAUAUGCUGACCUUCCCCGUCAACGCUGGCAAAACCCUGAACAUCGUCGCUUUCCACACCACCACCGACGAAUGGGCCGAGUACCCCCGAUUGACGCGCCAGGGCACCCGCGACGAGGUCCUGCGCGACUUUGCCGGCUACGGGCCCAACGUGAUGAACUUGUUGAAGUUGACCGAUCCCGAACUCAGCGUGUGGGCCAUCUUCGACCUGGGCGACAACCCCGUCCCGACAUUCUACAAGGGCCGGGUGGCUAUCUCCGGUGAUGCCGCGCACGCCACCUCGCCGCACCACGGUGCCGGGGCUGGGUUUUGUAUCGAGGACACUGCCGUGCUGGCUGCUCUGCUUGAAGACAAGCGAGUGCAGACCCACAAGGACCUCCAGGCAGUUCUCGCUGCGUUUGAUGAGAAUCGCCGCGAGCGCACUCAAUGGUUGGUGCAGAGCAGUCGGUUCAUCGGUGACUGCUACGAGUGGCGUGCGGAUGGUGUGGGCAGUGACUUUAAGAAGAUCGAAGAGGCGAUUAACUACCGGAAUGGGGUUAUCGCCAAUGUGGAUGUUGGUCAGAUGUGCGAGGACGCACGGAAGCAGAUGGAGAAGAGGCUUAAUGCGGUGGAGAAGGCCUCUCUAUAG